AUGCAGCCAGAGGCUCUGGCUCCGGCCAUGAACGGCGAAGGGACAGACCGGCCAAGAUGGAAGUAUAUGGACCGCAUUCUCUCGCGGCCAGGCGGCUACACAGACGAAGACUACGACCCCGAUACACCAGCGAACAACAUCGAAGCAGCGAAGAUAUUGGUCAUAGGUGCUGGAGGGCUGGGAUGUGAGAUACUCAAGAACUUCGCAUUGUCAGGCUUCAAGAACAUCGACGUGAUUGACAUGGAUACCAUCGACGUCUCCAACCUGAACCGGCAGUUCCUCUUCCGCCAGAAAGACGUGGGAAAGUCAAAAGCAAGCGUCGCAGCAGAGUUCGUGAUGAAGAGAGUGCCCGGCUGCAAGAUCAACGCCCACAUCUGCAAGAUCCAAGAUAUGGACGAAGAUUACUACAUGCAGUUCACCAUCGUCGUCUGCGGGCUCGACUCCAUCGAAGCCCGGCGCUGGAUGAACGCCACCCUCGUCGGCAUGGUCGACAUGGAGAACCCAGACAGCCUCAAACCGCUCAUCGACGGUGGCACCGAAGGCUUUAAAGGCCAAUCGCGCGUCAUCUUCCCGACAAUGACCUCCUGCAUCGAAUGCCAGCUCGACAUGCACGCCCCACGCGCCGCCGUACCCCUGUGCACUCUCGCCACCAUCCCCCGCCAACCUCAACACUGCAUCGAGUGGGCGCACAUUAUCAAAUGGGAUGAAGAGCGCAAAGACAUCCAGCUCGACACCGACGACCCGGAACACAUCACCUGGCUCUACCAGACCGCCCUCGCGCGCGCACAGGAAUUUGGAAUCGCCGGCGUAACGUACAGCAUGACGCAGGGCGUAGUGAAGAACAUCAUCCCCGCCAUCGCAUCCACCAACGCCAUCAUAGCCGCCUCAUGCUGCAACGAAGCGUUCAAGAUCGUGACCUCCAGCGCGCCAUUCUUGGGAAACCCAGAGCAGAACAACUACAUGCUCUACACCGGCGACAGCGGCGUCUAUACCUACACCUUCGAGCACCAGAAGAAAGACGACUGUCCCGUGUGCGGGAACCUGCCCAAAGACCUGCCGGUCAAUCCGCAGUCGACGCUGGGCGAGCUGGUGGAGAGUUUCGCGGAGCGGCCGGAGAGUCAGCUGAAGAAGCCGAAUAUGCGGACGGAGGAGAAGACGCUGUUCUACUCUGCGCCGGAGUCGUUGCGGCAGCAGACGGAAGGGAAUCUGAAGCGGAAGCUGGGCGAGAUGCUGGUGGAUGGGGAGGAGGUGGCUGUCAGCGACCCGGCGUUUACGAUUGAUUUCAGGUACAAGAUCAGGUUCUCGUAG